AUGAGAGAAAGUCGUAACUAUCCCGACGAUCGCUUGGAAUCGCGUCAUCUCCGCGCCACCAUCAUCCAGGCCGUCUCUCGCUUCGUCAUCUCCUCCUCGCGCGUCAAGCCCUCCCAGCUGCCUCUGCUCGUUGCUGCCUUCUUCAUCUCACCCACCCCAGCCGUUCCUAACCCAUGCCAUGCCCAAUCAAGCCUUUCUAGCCCUUCUGUCCCUGCAACCGCCUCUUCUCCUGCUGCUUCUCCUGCUGCUGCUGUUGCUUCUGCCACUGUUGCUGCUCCUCCUCUUUCUUCUGCGCCCUGUCCAACCCCUGCUGAUGCUCUGAUCGCGCUGCUCUUAGCAGAGCAGGCCACAAGUAGCAGGAGUGGUGGAGGGUGCACGGAGGUAGAGUGCAGUGCUGCAGGGUGUGCAGCAGAUGCUGAGUGCGGGGUAGAAUGCAUUCGGGUGCUCACGAGGCCUCCUGCUUCCACCAAAGAAGCCAAGCUCCAGCACUGUCUCGUCCCACUUCUCCUUCACAUCGCCUCCCGCCUUGUCACUGCCACAGCAAGUCCCUCCCACCUUCACUCUCCAACUCCACCCAACACCAACGCCCAUGCCCAUCACUAUCAUCCAACCACCCUACAACCGCAGCAUCUGUCGAGCACUCGAACAGCUGCUAUUCAAGCCUCUCCUCCCUCCCAGUCUGAGAAAGCAGCAGCAGCAGCAGCAGCAGCAGAGGCCGGGGAGUUAGCAGCAGCAAGAGAAGGAACGGCAGCAGUUGGAGGUGAAGGAGGGGCAGCAAAAGCAGAAGGAAUGGCAGCAGCGACAGAGGAAGGAAGGGCAACAACCACUGAAGGGAAGGUAGCAGGAGAAAAGGGGAGCAACAAGGGCGGUGCCCCUGGUUACAUGUCCACAAGAGAAGCAUGCGCCCUUCUCUCCUCCCUCUCCUCCUCGCUUCUUGAGACUGAUGUCGCUCUGCUCUCCGCCUGCUUGCCUGUCCUCCUCCUCCUGCCGCUGCACCAAUCAAUACCGACCUCUUUGAACCCGAAUGAGCGUUCGAACGUGCCCCUGAAUGAGCGUCUAAAUGCACCUGGUUUCACCCCCCAGCGGCACAGGCAACAAAAGCAGCAGCAGAAAGAGCAGCAGCAGCGAGUGGAGCAAGAGAAGCAGCGCGUGCAGAAUCCAGCCGCACCUUCAUUGUUGCGGCCCAGAGCGCCACUGCUUACAUCCCCUCAGCCUACGGAAGCAGUGCCAUUAACUAUGGAAGCAGCAGUGUCACUGCCCUCUCAGCCUCGGUUGCUGCCUGCACAACGAUCGCUGCCGCCUGUGGUGCCGUCAGUACGGCAGCUGGAGAGGGCAAACAGGUCGCGUGGCAAAGGGAAGGUGCAACCAGGCAGAGCAGACUGGGAUGCCUUUACAGUGCCGGACGGAGUAGCAGAUAGAUUACCAGUUCCCGAGAAAGGGCCUCCUUCUUCCAGUGCUCGUGGUGCCAGGAAGGUUCUUGAGGCCCCUCAAGAUGCGUUUACAGUGCCGGAUGGAGUAGCAGAGAGAAUAUCAGAAAGAGUACCUCCUUCUUCCAGUGCCCAUGCAGCCAGGAAGAGUUCUGAGGCGCCUCAAGACGCGUUUGCAGUGCCGGAUGGAGUAGCAGAUAGAGUAUCAGUGUCCAAGCCCGAGGGAGUACCUCCUUCUUCCAGUGCAGGAGCCAGGAAGAGUUUUGAGCCGCCUCAGGGUGCGUUUACAGUGCCGGAUGGAUUACCAGUUGGAAUAUCUGAGGGAGUACCUCCUCCUUCCAGUGCCCUUAUGGCCAGGAAGAGACGGAAAUUAGCAGCAGAUGCUAGUCAGGUGCCUUCAGUUUCUUGUGCAGUGCCUUCAGGUGGUUUUCAGGUGCCUUCAGGUGGUUUUCAGGUGCCCUCAGGUGGUUUUCAGGUGCCUUCAGGUGGUUUUCAGGUGCCUUCAGGUGGUUUUCAGGUGCCUUCAGGUGCUUUAGAGGCGCACUUCGCUUCGAGUGCUCCCCAAGUGCGUUCGGAUACGUCAGGUGCUUUUCAGCCUCUAGAACACAUGUUUCUUCUUUCUUCCUCCAGUAAGAUGAGUUGCGGGGCGGAUGGUGAAGACAGGGGGGGGCUGGACAGGAGGAGGGGCGGGGGCAGCAGCAGUGGGGGCGGUGAGGAUGGGAACAGCAAUGGGGGCAGUGACAAUAGUGGGAGCGAGCUGCUGAGUCAGGAGGGCAAGAGGAGCUGGGUGCAGUGGUGCUUGCCUCCCCCUCGGGACGACUAUCGUGACAAGGAGUUCAUUCAGGUGGGUGCUCUAUGUGUGUGCGUGCAUGCCUGCAGGCAGAUCGAACGAGGCCCGCUAGCUCUUCAACAGGCCUUCAUCCAAAUCCUCUCUGCCGACCCAACAGCUCUCCGAACCGGAGGCCUGGACGUCCGGUUCACAGGCGAGGGCGGGGCCGCAGGUCCGGGAGUGCUCCGAGAGUUCUUCGCCUUCGUUCGGGCGCACCUCUUCGACCCGAACCUAGGCCUCUUCUCUCCCAUACCUCACGACCCGAGCCGGUUCUCCCUCUCCCUGGCCUCCCGAGCCAACCCUGCCGAAGCCAAGGAGUACCUUCGGUUUGCUGGUCGUAUCCUGGCCCUCGCUUUGGCACAUCAGGUCCCGUUAGGAGUGAAGCUGUCACGGUCCCUGUUUGCGCUGCUUGCUGCUCGCACUCCCUCGCUGGCUGAUGCUGCUGAUGAUGAUCCCCAGUUGGUUGCUAGCUGUCGGUCUUUGCUGGCCAUGGCGAAACAGGAGAGGGAAGAAGCAGCACAGGGAGGAGGACGAGAAGAAGGAGGAGUAGAGUCACUGUGUCUCACCUUUGUGGCUUCGGUAGAGGAUCCGAUGGGGGGGGCGCCAAUCGAAGCAGAGCUCGUGCCAGGUGGCAGCGAACGAGUGGUCCGUGCGGAUGACGUGUCGGAGUUUGUGCAGCGGCUGGUGCAGUUUAGAGUGUGCGGGGUGGUGGAGGAGGAGGGGGAGGCGUUGCGGCGAGGCAUGGAGGAUAUAUUGGGGAGUGGAGGAGGGCGGGACGUGGUUCUAGAGGAGGGAGAUGUGGUGGAAGGAAGGGAAGGGACGGAUGGGAAAGGAGGGAUGGAUGGAAGUGUAAGGGGUCAGGGAGGGCUGGAAGGUGGUUUUGGAAGAGGUGACAUGGAAGGAGGCGAUGGGCUGCAGACGGCAAUCCAGAAAAGUGAUGAUUGCUGCAUUGAUUCGGUUGAAGGCGUGAGUCUCGCGGCCAUGCUCGCUCCCCUUUCAUGCGACGACCUCAAUUUUCUCCUCCACGGGGAAGACCGCCAUGUGGCAGUCUCUGAUUGGCAGGCGCACACGGUCUACCACGGUUAUUCUCCAGAAGAUCCCCAGGUUUUGUGGUUUUGGGAAGUUGUGGAGUCGCUUUCGGGUGAGCAGCGGAAGUCUCUGCUGUUUUUUGCGACGGCUGUUUCUAACCUGCCCGUGAACGGAUUCAGGGGGCUGGCGAUGGGGUUUCAUCUGCAUCGGGCAGUUGUGGAUCUUUCGCGCCUGCCCACGGCUCACACAUGCUUUCACCAGUUCCUCCUGCCGCCAUAUGAGAGCAUUGAGACGAUGCGCACCCGUUUGCUCACUCUCAAUCGGAUUCUCGACUCGAGCCUCUCGCCGUACUACGGCAUUCGCCUUCAUCACACCACAUUCGCCAUCACCAUGGCGGCGGCGGCGGGGUCAUUCGUUUUCUCCCCGGCUCUUCGCCUCGCGUUCGUCCUGCUCCUCGUCUCCAGCGCGCUUCGACCGGCCGAAUCGGAGUGGAUCGGGGAAUCCGGCGGUCCGAGGAAGAGCGUGGCCCUCACGCGCCCCGCACACGCGCAGCUCUUGCUACGCAGACAGCAGCAGCAGCAGCAGCAGCAGCGGCAGCGGCCCGCAACCACCGUCGUUCGCGGCGGCCCGGGCGGCGACGCGAUCGUUUCAGCCGUCGGCUUUCCGCUCGUCCGCUCCGCCGCAUCUGACGGCUUCUCCGCAUCUGACGGCCUAUCCGCGUCUGACGGCUUCUCCGCGUCUGACGGCGCCUUCCACGGCGCCACCACAACAACCGCCGCCACCCCCGCCGAUAACGUGACGAUCAACUGGGGGGCGGGGUCCGGCAAGGAGGCGUUCGUGCAGGCGCUGAGCAGCGACUCGGGCAGCCAGGGCGGCGCGGGGGACGCGAGUGUGAAGGGGUGGUGGGCCAUCACUGCCGCGUACUACCAGUCUGGCGCCGACGGGAAGAAGAACAUUAGCUCCAAGGUUCGUCUCGCUGGGACCGUGAUCGACAACUAUUCACGCGGCAAGAACCCGUCAGACAGCGACGUGCAUGCCAUUGUGAAGAGCCCGGUGGGGCCGGGCAAGCCCUUUGCGCUGGACCCUCACGGCAUCUACGUGCUGUUUACCAGCGCAGACGUCAUCUUGGGAGUUUCUGCAAGCAUUCCUGCGGCUGGCACACCGAAGACUCGCUCAACUCCAUCCCUCUGCGCUUCGCCUUUUGUGGGGCACCACGGGCAGUGCCCGAACUCGUGCGGGGUAAGGGGCAUGUCACCCAACGGCAACCCUGCCAUCGAUGCUACUAUCACCACGCUUGCGCAUGAGAUCACCGAAACUGCCACAAGCCCGGAGGUGGGUACGGGGUGGUUCGUAGACGAGGGCGGGGAGAACGGCGACAAGUGCUCGUGGAAUUUCGGCAGCACCAAGACCGGAUCCCUGCAGAACGGCCAGAGCUAUGAGUACAGCUUGGUGGGGCUGAAUGGGAGGAGGUUCCUGGUGCAGCAGAACUGGGACCGCGUGCUGAACAAGUGCGUCCUGCAAAACGCCCUGCCCUCUCAGGAUGGCAGCGGGGGAGGCACUCCCUCUCCUUCUCCUCCUCCCUCUCCUUCUCCUCGUCCCCCCUCUCCGUCUCCUCCUCUUCCGUCUCCGUCUCCCCGUCCUCCCUCUCCUUCUCCUCCUCCUCCUCCUCCCUCUCCUUCCCCACCUCCCCCGGCUGGAGGCAGCGUGAAGAUGAAUUGUGAUUGCAACUGUGCGAGCGCCAGCAACCCCAUGAGCUGCCAGUGCACCUGCACCAAGACAGGGUGA